GAAUGUUAAAAAUCAUUUUUGCCUGUAAUUGGAAAAAAUAAGAUAUUUAAUUUAAAAAAAGGCAUAAGGUAAUAUUAGUGGGGAAGGCAUUAGCUGAGAGCACCCAGAAAGACCUCAUAUAGAAGUUGGCGCUUGAGCAAACAAUUUUCUCUUUUGAAAAUGGAACUUAUAAAAAAAAAAGAAAAUGGAACUUAUAAAAUAACUUCUUUUUUUCUGAAUAUGAAGAUCAGUGAAUUUUAACAUUUUUUCCUUCUUUCAGCUUCUUUUACUCAGAAGACAAGAUAUGAAACCAAGAAGUCAAUUUCAAAGGAAGGAAAUUCUAUGAGAGAGUCAUCCAAGAAGAGAUUCACAAAAGAUGCUCUCUGGUAUACAAAGUUUGAAGAAACUUGGAAUUGUGAUAUCGGGUUAGCCAAACAGAAAGGCAGUAUAGAGAGACAAUAUUGGGAGAGAGAGUAUUGGCAAUCAACAGUCACUCAUAGAAAACCUUUUAAUGAGUUGAAUGUUCAUGACUUUGGAAGGAAGUUCAAUCUUGUGUCAGGUCUUCCACAGCAGACAGUUCUAAUGAGAAAAAGUUUCCAUAAAUAUACAGUUGAAAAAAAUUUUGAGCGUUUUUCAGAACUAAGUAAAUAUAGUAAACAUUCUUUGGAAAAAGCACUUUCUAAGUAUAGUAAGUGCAGAAAGCCCUUCAGUUACCAUUCAGACCUCAUUCAAUAUCAUAGGAUACAUUUGGGAGAGAUACCCUGUAAAUGUAAUGAAUGUGGGAAAACCUUUAGCAACAACUCAUGCUUAACUGUACAUCAAAGAAUUCAUACUGGGGAGAAACCCUAUAAGUGUAAUGAAUGUGGGAAAACUUUUAGCCAGAAAGGGAACCUUAAUACACAUAGGAUAAUUCAUACUGGACUGAAACCUUUUAAGUGUCAUCAGUGUGAGAAAGCCUUUGGCAACAAUUCAUCCCUUAUUCUUCAUCAAAGGAUUCAUACUGGUGAGAAGCCCUUUGAAUGUAAUGUAUGUGGAAAAGCUUUUAGCCAGAGAGGAUAUCUUAAGCAACAUGUUCAAGUCCACACUGGAGAGAAGCCCUUUGAAUGUGAUGAAUGUAGAAAAGCUUUCAUCAAUAAUUACCACCUGACUCGACACCAAAUCAUUCAUACUCGAGAGAAGCCUUAUGUAUGUAAUAAAUGUGGCAAUGCCUUCAGCCAGCAAGAGUACCUUAAGAAACAUAAGAGAAUCCACACUGGGGAGAAGCCCUUUGAAUGUAACGAAUGUGGUAAAGCCUUCUGUGACAAUCACCAACUAACUCGACCCCAAAGCAUUCAUACUCGAGAGCGGCCUUAUAUAUGUAAGAAAUGUGGACAAGCUUUCAGAAACCGUUCCCACCUUAGUGAGCAUCAGAGAAAUCAUGCUCAAGGGAAACCCUAUAAAUGUAACGAAUGUGGCAAAGACUUCAGGCACAGCUCAUCUCUUGUACAACAUCAGAGGAUUCAUACUGGAGAGAAACCAUUUCAGUGUAAUGAAUGUGAGAAAGCUUUCAGCCAGAGGGGAGAUCUGAAUAAACACAGGAAAAUUCAUACAGGAGAGAAACCUUUUCAGUGUCACGAAUGUGGGAAAGCUUUUAGUCAGAGAAAGUAUCUGACUGAACACCAGGAAAUUCAUUCCCAAGAGAAAUCCUAUAAAUGUAAUGAAUGUGGGAAAGCUUUCAGCCAGAAGAAGUAUCUUACUGAACAUCAAGGAAUUCAUUCACGAGAAAAACCUUUUAGAUGUAAUGAAUGUGGGAGGAAUUUCAGCCAAAGGAAAUUCUUUAUUAACCAUCAGAGAAUUCUUCAUCCUCAAGAAACACCCCGUCAAUGCAGUGAAUGUGGAGAAGUCUUCAGCAACAUUGCAUCCUUUAUUGAUCAUCAGAGAACUCAUAUUGGAGAGAAACCCUUUCGAUGCAAUGAAUGUGGAAAAGCCUUCAGCAACAAUUACCGCCUUAAUCAACAUCAAAGAAUUCAUACUGGAGAGAAAUCUUAUGUAUGUAAUGAAUGUGGGAAGGCUUUCAUUCAGAGAAGAGACCUGACUAAGCAUCAGAGAAUUCAUACUGGAGAGAAACCUUUUCAGUGUAGUGAAUGUGGAAAAGCUUUCAACCGUAGUGGAAACUUUAAGCAACAUCAGAGAAUUCAUACUGGAGAGAAACCUUUCGAAUGUGAUGAAUGUGGAAAGACCUUCAGGCAGAGGCAAAACUUCACUACACACAAAAAAACUCAUACUGGUGAAAAACCUAGUGAGAUAUAAUUAAUUAUCUGGGGAAAGUUCUUAGCUUAGAGGAACAUCCAAAGAAUAUCAGAGAAUUCAUGCCAGAAAUUUCUAUAAAUGUAAUGAAUUUGAAAGUCUUCAACGUGUACUCAUUCUUUCUUAGUAAAUAGGAAAGAAUUAAUAUUGAAGCAAGACUAUAAGUAUAAUUGACCAUGAAAAAAAUGUGGAUGGUAAUUCAUGUUCCAUCAGAGACUUGAACCCAGAAUCAAAAAUAUAAUAAUACAGAAGAAACUACAUAAAGACUUGUAAAUUGUGAAAUUCUAGAGUCAAGAUCUCAGAUUUUGUAUUAAACUGUAUGAUUGUUUUCUUAAGA